CCAGAGAGGCACACUCCAUGUUUCACCAAAAUGCAAAAGGCCUCCAUAGGGAAUUUCAAAUAUCUCUAGAAGAGGCACGGGCAAUAGUCAAAGCCUGUCCCACAUGUAGUCAUCAUAACGGGGGCUGCGGGUUAGGUCUAGGAGUUAACCCCAGAGGGCUGAAUACAAAUGAGACCUGGCAAAUGGAUGUCACGUGUUGCUGAGUUUGGAAGGAUAAAGUAUGUGCAUGUUACUAUAGACACCUACAGUCAUUUUAUAUGGGCCACAGCACAAACUGGUGAGAAAGCAGGGCACGUGGAGAGGCAUCUCAGUAGCUGCUUUGCUGUAAUGGGAGUGCCACGACAUAUUAAGACAGACAAUGGGCCUGCCUACUGCAGCAAAAGAAUAAAACAGUUCGUGCAAAUGUGGGGGAUUGAACACGUGACAGGCAUCCCUAAUUCUCCGACAGGACAAGCGAUUGUAGAGAGAGCUUAUGGUACUUUGAAAAAAUAUCUAGGUAAAUACAAAGAUAUUAGAGAGCCGCAAGAAAGGUUGCUAAAGUGUCUAUUUGUCUUAAAUCACCUGUGUGUUUUUGGGGAAAGCAAAGUUCCUGCUGUAAUUCGUCAUUAUGUAACAGAGAAAAAUAGUGUGAAGCAGGAUGUAUGGGUAAAGUAUAGAGACCCCAAGACAGGACAAUGGCAAGGUCCUGCUAAGGUAUUAUACUGGGGCCGCGGGUAUCUUUGUGUUUCUACCCCUACAGGAUCCUUGUGGGUAGCUGCUAAAUGGACCCCACCAGCCGUGUUAGAUGGAACCAGACCCCAGACAACUGAGCGAAGAGGACGGUCGGCGAGUGGAGGCAAAGCUGCUGAUCACCAUUUGACUGAUAGUUCUCAAGCUGAAAGGACACUGUAGCUUUGCCAUUGACCGAGUGAUUGAUCGGUGUCAAUCCCUGGACAGUAUACUAAGCCUGAUUCCGGCACUUCAUACAUUUUAUCAUAGAAGGCCUAAGAGAUUAGCUUGUAUUAAGUGUCAAAAUACUCAGUGUGCUGCAUGGAUAUUGUUCUUUUGCGGGGGGUGUCAGCAAACUAAGUGGGUGCAUCAGUCACAGUUACCUGAACUGUGGUGCAGAAGCUGUGCAUUUUAUUGGCAGCGGGACUCCUGGCAAGCAGAACUUCAGACCUUUACAGGAUUACCUGGCCGCCAAGGGUUACAGUUGUAUGAGUCCCCAGAACAGAAAAUUCUCGCAUGGUUUAGGUGGGAAACCCAGCACUUUGCCAAACACGCUUUAGGGCAAUCUCAGUCGUGUAUCUUACAGUCUAAGUGUGGUCGGGGCAUUCCCCUCUCCCACCUAGAUGUAGUAGGUCCGAUUCUGAGGGAUCAAGAUCCUAAUCAAGUGUGGGACGAUUGUUUAAGGGCUCUAAAAAGAUUAAGUCUGGGCGGCUCAAGAAAGAAAAAGGGGAGAGGAAGGAAGAGACAUUCUUAACGGUUUGUGGGCAACCUGUUAAUUCCCUAAAUGUCUGGAUGGUUCAAAACAGCGUCCGGGAAGAUCAGGGUGAUGUGGCAGACUUAUGCUGCUGUUUUACUCGUAUUUGCCCUCUUAAUAGACAGCCCAGACAUUGCCAAAGGAGUGGGAACCCACCAAGCAUGGGCCCCACCUCAGCCCAAGACUAAUAUUUGGAUCACCAUGGCAAAUUUAACUAACCAGGAGGCUAUUUGCUUGUCGUUAUCUUCUCCCGGUAAUCCAUUUACAACCUGUUUGGUUGGACUGCCGGCAGAUCCCUGGCCAUGCCCAUCGAAAAUACCCACCUGCAAAACCAAUGACGCCAGGGUCAGUGUAGAUAACUGGGACCAAUGGAUUUCUCAUUUUCCUAUAGCACCGCAGGAACCCCAAGAGUUGGAACUGUUAGGCUCAGUGAUGGCGGAUGCAUGCCUUAGGUUUAAGCAUAAAAGUCAGCUGCCGGCCAAAAACUAUUCUACUAUUGUAACCUCCAGCAUGGCCAUUUACCGUAAUGCAACAACCUGGUGCAAUUAUACCACAAAGAGGGUGUCGAUCUCAUCAAACGACCCUAUUCAAUUACCAGCAGGUUACUUUUUAAUAUGUGGGGAUCGUGCGUGGCCCGGUGUCCCAUCGAUGCUGAGCGGGGGGCCAUGUACAAUUGGAGAGUUGUCUCUCCUCACACCCAAUGCGUCAAUGAUCCUUAAUAUGAGCCGCCGCUAUCACAGAAUUAAAAGAAUGGCCCAUGCGAUUACUGCUGACUGCAAAGAUGAUGUAAAAUUUUGGUCCCCAGGGGCCAUAGUGGCAGCAUCCUUUUUAGCUCCAGGGGUAUCGGCAGCAGGUGCCCAUGCCAUUUUAAACAAGCUAGGAUGCUGGCUGGCUAAACAAACUAAUGCCACCUCUUUAGCACUUUCUAGCCUUUUGCUUGAUGUUGAUUCUAUUCGCCAUGCAACGCUUCAGAAUAGAGCUGCAAUUGAUUUCCUUUUACUGGCACAGGGCCAUGGUUGUGAAGAUUUUGAGGGCAUGUGUUGCAUGAACCUCUCUGAUCAUUCCCAGUCCAUUCACUCCCAGCUCUCUGAGCUGCGAAGGUUAACUGGAAACUUACAGGUAGAAUCGGACUCUGGCAUUGAUGAGUGGCUCAAAUCAUUAGGCUUGGGAUCAUGGUUGCGCUCUAUUGUUAGAGUCAUUAUUAUAGUAGGCAUUAUGGCUUUGUUAGUAGUGUUAGUUUUGCCUUGUUUUUGCAUGUGCUUACAGAACAUGGUUCAAAGAAUGAUAUUUGCUGCAUCUAAUCAGACUAUGCUUGUGCAACAGAAAAACAGGGGAAGUGUGGAGGAUUUUGUGAACAGCUGGCUAGCUAACAAAGGUCACACUGACAUAAUACCGUUAAUUAAGCAAGAAGGAGACGAGGAUAGGAGUCAGCAGUCAGUGUCCAAACCUGGCAAGGGCACUGUGCCCUUGGUGCAACAUCAGGAUGGAUCGUUAGUUAGAAACAUGAAGAAAAGAUGUGGACAGCUGCAACAUAGUAGCCACAAGAAUGCUAAGGGUGUGUGGUGAGUGUGGAAGAUCCAGAAAAGAAGUACACUGGAUGGGAACAUCUUGGCAUUGGGUGGCUGUAAAGGAACUUUAUCUCCAGCACCAGGGCUGUGAGGGAGUAUUAAAAGAAAUCCUGCUCAUGAGAGAAAAUAAGAACGCCAAUAUUGUCAGCUACUUAGAAAGCUACCUUGUGGAUGAGGCUGUCCUGCUGGUGUUGGAAUAUAUGGAUGGAGGCUCCUUAGCUGAUGUGGUCACCGUGAGAAGGAUGGCUGUAGGACACAUAGCAACAGUGUGUCGGGAGUGCCUGCAAGGCCUGGCUUUCCUUCAUGCCAAGCAGGUGAUCCACAGAGACAUCAAAAGUGACAACAUCCUUCUGGGCCGGGAUGGCUCCGUCAGGCUGGCUGAUUUUGGCCUCUGUGCUGUGCUCAGCCCUGAGCACAGGAAACGGAGGUCGAUGGUCGGGACCACUUACUGGAUGGCACCCGAGGUGGUGAGAAGAGAGCCUUACGGCCCCAAAGUGGACACCUGGUCCCUUGGCAUUGUGGGAAUAGAAAUGGCCACAGGAGAGGCUCCUUAUAUGCAGGAGACCAGUGACAAGGCCAGCUACCUGAUAGGCAAGCAAGGGGUUCCAAAUCUGCACCAGCUCAGGCUACCCCCUGGCUUGUAUGAAUUUCUGGGCUGCUGCCUGCAGAUGGAUGUGGACAGGCGAGGCUCUGCCAAGGAACUUCUGCAGGUACAAGGCAAAGCAGCUGCAGGCCAAACAGCUGUUCCCUGCCAGGGUUUGCUCCUUGGCCAAACUCCAGGGAAUCAGAUGGGCCCCCCACAGAGUAAUCUCCACUCUGGGUGCUUUUCAAAUGAAAACCAAGUAGGAUCUUGACUGCUUGAGGUUAGAAGGGCCCAGUGAAGGUCAUCUAGCCCAGAACUCCAGCCACUGGCAAGGACAUCUUCAAGUAGAUCAGGUUGUUCAGAGGGCCAACCAAGCGGAGCUUGAAUGUUGCUGGGUUGGGGCUCCUCCCAGCUCUCUGGGCAGCCUGUGCCAGUGUUCCAGCACUCUCCUCACAAACAGUUUCUUCCUCAGAGCCAAUCUGAAUUGAGUGUCUUUUAGCUUAAAGCCGUUCCCCCUUGUCCUCUUGCAAUUGCCCCUGCUAAAAGAAAUGUCCCCAACUUUCCUAGAAGUCCCUGAAAAUAUUGAAAAGUCUCCUUGGGGCUUGCUCUUCUCCAGGAUAAACAGGCACAAGGCUCCCAGCCCUUCCUCAGAGGAGAGCUCCCACCUUCUGGUCAUUUCUGUGUCCCUCUUUUGCUCUCAGGUGCUGUAUUCAGGUUUGCCUGGUAGCAAAGGAACUGAAGUAUUGCAAUGCUGGGGAUGGGGGCUUGAGGAACACAAUGAAAGCAGUCCCUGCCAAGCGGUUUUAGAUUGGUCUGUGGGAAUGGGGGAGCUGGGGUGGAGCUCACUGUGAGCAUCCGAGAGCACCCAGCUUGUCCCGCCUGGCCCACCCUUGGAGGUUUCUGCCAGCCAAACAGGCACAGCUGUGCAGGAUUUGUGCCAGCCCCAUGUGCUGCCUUGCCCCAUCAAGUAGAUGAGAAUGGCUGUGGCUUUGCUGCCAGGUUUGGUGGCAGACAAGGAGCUGGUGACCAGGCCACUUCCUUGGCUGUGCCUGCUGUGAUGGAAGAUGCCAGCCAGCACAGGAGGGAGUGGGGUGUGCUGAGGCAGACACUGCUCUUCCUGCAAACCAGAGCUGAGCACAUCUGCACCCUGAUGCUUGUGUCCUUGCUCCUGGCUUGCUGCUGAAAACCUGCAUGUCCAGCUUUCCUGAGAUCAACAUGUGGGAUCAACAUUUUUCAGAGCUCUUGGGAGUCUCUUGAGGAAUGCCUUAUACCCCACAUCUCUCUUGGACACUCAAAGAGCCCAUGUCCGUAGAAAAGAGGAGCUUGAAUAAGUCUGUUGACUUUCCUGAAAGGAAUAAAUCCUUAGGACAGCAAGCAGCAAUCCCAGAGUGAUAGCAGGACAAAAAUCCCAGCAAGUGACGACACCAUGAGGAAUGGACUAGUGCAGUUCUGGGCCGUGUUUGCCUGUGCCAGCAGCAUGCUGGACAUGAAGGCAGACGUGCUGCUGGUGCCCUCAGUCCCAUGUCUGUGUAUUUCUGGGUGCUGGAGGAAUCCAGCUCAACCCUGUUAGGAACUCAGUUUGGAAAAAUGGUUCCUUUUUCCUUUGUCUCUUUUAAUUUGGUUUCUUUUGUUUCUUUUUCCU